UUUCAUCUUCAGCUGAUGAAAAGUGAGAAAACAACCAUUGCAAAUUUGCAAUAUUGCAUGGUGCCGUGACUGCCGUCACCUAGGGCUUUCACAGCACUAACACUCCCAAGUCCCAAGUCCCAAGUACCAAUUCCCAAAUCGAAGCUGCUCUCCCCCUCUCUGGCCUCCGCCAGUCCGCCGCGCUCUACGUCUCCUGUCGGCUGUGUCCUGCCGUGCUGGUUCAUCGCUGCCGAGUGUCGAAGACGAAGCACCAAGAUCUCACUGGUUCAUCGCUGGUUCAUCACUGCUCAUCUCUGGCUCGCUUAGGUACUGAUUUACAUUGGGGCCUAAGGUCAUCCUCUUGAAACAAUGGCCAAGCAUCAUCCUGAUUUGAUUAUGUGCCGGAAGCAGCCAGGAAUCGCCAUUGGACGCCUUUGUGAAAAAUGCGAUGGAAAAUGUGUCAUCUGUGAUUCUUAUGUGCGUCCUUGCACACUGGUGCGAGUUUGCGACGAGUGCAACUAUGGAUCAUUUCAGGGCCGCUGUGUCAUCUGUGGGGGUGUGGGAAUUUCAGAUGCUUACUACUGUAAAGAGUGUACGCAACAAGAGAAAGAUCGAGAUGGGUGUCCGAAAAUCGUUAACCUGGGGAGUGCCAAAACAGAUCUCUUCUACGAGCGCAAGAAAUAUGGAUUCAAGAAAAGAUGAUAAAAGAGUACUAGCUAGUCAUUGCUUUCACUAAUUGUGGCUGCUGAUCAUGACUUGUGUACCAUCAGAAAGACAAAAUGAGAAUCAUCAUGUAGACCUCAUGUUUGUUGAUCUUGGGAGUUAAUUGUAACUCUGCCUCUCUGUAGACUUCGAAAAUGACAGAAACUUUUGUGUUACAUGGUGCUAAAUUGGCAUAGUUUUGGCCUUGUGGAAUUGCCAUGAUUUGCUAAAUGUAUUUUUAUUAUUUUUUUUUAAA